CCUGGCUGCAGAGAGAUGCAGUCUGCGACAACAGUUGCUGCUGAUGGAGUCUGACCAUGGAUGAUGAGGUUGACCCUGGCAACGAAAAUGUGAACUCCGUCUUGGCUCAGGAAUCCUUAGAACUGUUCCACGUCCUUAGCAGUCAGUCGCCCACUGUCAUAAUGCAAUUGUGCCAAAUGAUGCCGAGUGGGGCCAGGUGCAACGUUGGCCGUCUGGGCCCCACUAGCUCUCCACCACCAGAACUCAUCAGAGCCAUGUUGGAGCACUUCAAGGUGGCCAGCGCUGCAGAUUGCAGCAACUUCCUUCAAAGCAUGUGUAUCUUGUGUGAAAAUAUGCCCAUGCGCCUGGAUUCGAGGCUCAUGUCAGUGGCUGGAUAUGCAAUCAAUAGUUGUGAAAAUUCAGGUCCCAGUCUAAUGAAUGAGGAGUUGCCUUCGCCGCCUUCAGAGCAGCAGCUCAUCAAACGGCCACGGAUUGAUCACUGGGAGCACUACAUUGCUGGAGUGAUGAGUUUGCUGCUGAGGAGGUGGGAGCGUCUGAGUGUGGGUCUGGUGAAGGAGAUCCAGCUGGAGAAUGUGUGGGUCAGCCUAAGGACAGCAAACAGAGGCAGGGACAGACCUGAUCAAACCCCUGGGCCAUCAGACAGAGGGAGCAGAACACCAGAUUUGGAUGGGGAUUUUGGGUCUUUGGAGUCUAAAGUGACUUUAGAGACCUUCCUCCAAGGAUGUGCAGGAAAGGUGACAGCUGUCGCUGGUCAGGCUGGAUCAGGAAAAACUCUCCUGAUGUCUUUAUUAGGACAGCAGUGGGCACACGGACUUGGUCCCAUCCCAUCAUCCUUUCUGUUUGUCCUGCUGGAGUUUCGUCAGCUCAAUCUACUGUCCGGCCCUCUCUCCCUGUCUGAUCUGCUAUUCCGACACUACUUCCCGCCAAAAGGCGGUGAUGAAGAAAAGGUAUAUCAGAGAGCCGUUGUGGAUUACCUCCUUUCCAAUCCAGAGCAAAGCUGUUGGGUGCUGGAUGGAUAUGAUGAGUUUUACAGCAAAGUCACCAGACAAGAUGUGCAGAGAGAACUGUUGGACCCAGAAACCCGUCUUCCCGUUGCAGACCUCAUCUCAGGGUUAUUAAAACGUCGGCUUCUUCCAGGAUGCACUGUGCUGGUCACCUGCCGUGUGCGUGAUGUCAUUGAUUUGGAGGGCAUAUCAGACAAAGUGGGGCAGCUGCUGGGAUGGGACUGCCAUGAGAUCAAGGAGUAUGUCAACAACUUCUUUGGGGUAAAAGGUGACUCAGCAAGCAGAGCUCUCGGGGCGCAGGCAGUGGAUCUCCUUCUUUCUAGUCGACACCUCCUAGCUAUGUCAUGCCUCCCUGCCCUCUGCAACAUCUGCUGCAUCUGUCUGAAGCAUCUACUGCUAGAAAAUAAAGAGGAAGGGGCAAAAGUACAAUCUGGAGACGAAGACAGAGGAAGUGAGACAGGAAGAAGAGGAGAGAGUGAAGAUCUAACAAUGGAUGUAACGAAUGGCAGAGCCCAGCUACCUCCCACACUAGCCCAGAUACCCUCCACUCUUACCCAGGUCUACCUCACUGUUGUCACUGCAUUUCUGAGCCGUGAGCCUGAUAAAGGAGGAAAAUCCGACAUGGCAACGACCACAAGACCUCCACAAAGCACUGUCUGUAGGCUGAGUCAGUAUCCCUCUGAGUUGUGUGAGCUAAGUCAGCUGGCUUGGAGAGGUUUAGAGGAAGGCAAGAUCGUCUUCUUGAAAGAAGAUAUUCCUCAGGAAGUUCUGGAGUUUUCACUCAGGACAGGGCUCUUCUCACAGGUGGAGCUCAGACGUGAGGAUGGGAUGCUUGUCAAGGCCUACAGUUUCAUUCAUCUGACAAUACAGGAAUUUUUGGCUGCACUCAGAAUCAUGACCAGUAAUGAUGUUAGUGACAUGCAGCUCAAGAAGAGAUUCAGUCUGAAAACUCGUUGGACGACCAAGUCGGACCAGAGGACAGUCUUCACUGACUCUCUGUACCUAUAUGUAUGUGGUCUUGCUUCCCAACACUGCACUUCAGCCUUAGUUCAAUUAGCUACAGCUUCUGGUGGUACGGGAGUCCAAAGUUGGGUCCAAAAGCGACAAGCCCUUAUUCUGAACCUGCUAAGCAACCUGUGCCACAGCAACACCCUGACUGGACCCAAGAUACUAGAGCUUUGCCACUGUGUCCAGGAGAGCCAGGACCACCAGCUGGCUAAGAAAGUUGUGGAUACGAGACCUACCCUGGAGCUGCGCAACAUCUGGCUAUUGCCUAAUGACAUUGAGGCUCUGGCUUUUGUAGUUAACUCAGUAGGUAAUAAUGGCAUCGGCUUGGACUUUGGAGCAUGUUCAAUGGAACUGGAGUGUUUAGAUGUCCUGCCCAGGUGUCAGUACAUUCACUACCUCAGUUUUCGCAGCCGCAAGUAUGGUGACAAGUUUGCUGAGAAGCUGUCCUCCAUUUUGCCUGAAUUCACAACCCUGAGGAAACUCGAGUUUUGUGGUGCCAGUCUGACUGCCACAGGAGCAGCUAGUUUGGCUUCUGCUCUAGAGAAGUGUCCAGACAUCACUGAAAUCAAUCUAAGUGACAACAGUCUGAAAGAUGAAGGGAUCAAACACAUAGCUGAUAUCUUUGCCAAACUACCAAAACUGGUCUCUGUAAUGCUGAGUCGAAACAACAGCUCUCUGAAAGCAGUGGACUACCUCAUUGGGAAAAUGUCUUCGUGUUUGAACAUCCAGCAUGUUCAUGCAGAUGCAAUGAAAGAAGUGAGAAUUACUUUCUAUCAAAACUCAGAUAUGAACAGCAAUAAAACUAAGUCUGAACCAACAAUCAGCCUGUUGAACCAGAAAUGGAACAAGCCUGAGAUGCAGAAAGUUGCAAACUCAUUAGCGUGUUGCCCUGCCAUAUCCGUCCUGGAUUUGUCCGGAGGCCAGUGGGAUGUGGAAAUUCUGAAGACACUGACUGAGUUUUUGCUGAAGUUCAAUGUCACCAACAAGAUCAUUCUCAAUGACAGCUGCUCUUCGGUGGAGGGCUUGGUUGUUCUGACUGCUCUGCUCUCGAAGUGUCCUGCUGUGGUGGAUCUUCAUAUCAGACUACAGUCUAGUCCAGAUCCUGUUCAGGUGUCUAUUGUGUUCUCUGGAGGGAGAGAAAAUCCUGCAGAUGAAAUCUCUAAAACACUCUGUCUCAGUUGCUGUGGUCUGCUGCAUGCUGAUCUAGAGGGAGUGUGGAGCAGUUUGGGGACGUCCUGUGAUCUCACUGUGCUGGAUUUGUCCAGUAACUGUUUAGGCAACAAAGGUCUGAGGAAACUACUGGAUUUCCUGCCUCAUCUUAGCCACAUCCAAGAAAUCAAUGCCACGAACAAUGACAUCGACAUGGAGGGAGUGGUGAUGUUGGCUGGUGCUUUGUGCUCCUGUCAGGACUUAACAGAAAUUCACAUCAGUGAUGGGGGGAGACAGCAGGUGAUCCUGAAGUUCUGCUCUGACAAAAGAGACGACCAACAGCAGCUCAAGAUGUUCAGGGUAAACAAGAGCAGCAUCCUGCCAUCUGAUAUAACCUCGCUGUGUAGGAGAUUGGUCCAGUGUCGCUCCCAUUUGGAGUUAGAUUUGUCUGACAGCUCAUUGAAAGACGAGGUUGUCAAUAAUUUGGUCAAAGUCCUGCCAAAGAUGGCGUCACUGCAGAGGCUCAAUGUCAGCAACAGCAUCUUUUCCACAACUGGGGCAGUGAGUUUGGUCAGUUGUUUGACUGUCAGUCAGCGAGUCUCAUCUUUGGAGCUCAGGCCUCAGAGUGAAUGCUUCAUCCAUUUUGACAGAGUGGAAGCCAAACAACCCACCUGCAGCUUAACUCAUUUUAGCCUGAACAGUGACAGCUUGGAGAGGUUGAUUGAAGUCCUACAGCGGGUUCCUCAGCUGUCUGACCUGGAUUUGUCAAGUAACCAACUGGAAGAUGAAGGAAUGAAGCGUCUGAUGGAUUCUCUACCAAGGCUUAAAAUCACCAGCUUUGUCAACCUGAGCAACAACAGCCUGACCCAGCAGGGGCUGUUGGAUGUGGCCAGCACACUGUGUACCUGUGAUAACGUCUCAGGUGUAGAAGUCAGCCUGGGAGCAGAGCAGAAGUGUCUUGUCUGGUUCAGACAGUACGGAGGUGGUGAAAAAACUCUGAGUGUCAGCGAGAGCAGUUUGGAACGUGAACAUCUGGUCAGAUUAGCAGAGAUCGUGUCUGACUGUUCCAGUCUGACCAAACUGGAGUUAAAGAACAACUCCCUGCAGUCAGAGUGGAUUGAAGACUUUGUAAAGGUGUUGAACAUCGGUCAGAGAGGAUGCAGCGUCAGUAUUGAAGAGAGUUGGAUCAGAGCAGAGAAAGCUACUGGUUUAGUGUGUCGCUGUCUCGAGCUCAGCAGGAAUAUUCAAACUAUCGGGGUGCACCACACCACACUACACCUGUUUCUGAUGACAUCCUCUGGACUGACCUCAGUCAGCCUUGUGGACUGUGCACUAGAUGGGUGCCAGCUUGCAUCUAUGAGGAGCGUCUUCCAGAGGUGUCCUUCACUGACAGAGCUGGAUUUUUCCCACAACAGUCUGGGGAUAGAGGGAGCUGAGUCGCUCUGCACUGUUCUGCCCUUGCUGCCAAAACUCACUUCUCUCAGUAUUGUCUCCAAAGAGCCGUGUACGACUGUGGUUGAGAAGCUCUCAGAGGCUUUGCUACAGUCUACAACUGUUCAGUGCCUCAAUCUGUCCGGUCACGUGAUUAGCGACACAGCAGCACAGACUAUGACCAGAAUAUUUCCUCGUUUACGAUCACUCAAUCUGUCUCAGUGUGUAUGGUCAGCGGCUGGAGGGCUGCAGCUCGUCGAAGCACUGGGACAGUGUGUUUGUCUGGAAGGCCUUUGUCUGGACUCUGUGUACCUGGAUGAAAACAGCAUGGUGCGUCUGCCACAAGCACUGAGGAGCAUCUACUCCAUACGCAGUCUCAAGCUAAAUAAGAGUGACACAGUGGUGGGACGAUCAGGAGCAAACAUUGUGUUGGAUCUUCUGGCUGCUUUGGAAGGACUGACACUAAUGGAGGAGAUAGAGUUGGAGGGCUGGAGGAUGGCUGAAGGAGAAGUGGAGCAGCUAACCAGUCUCCUUUCUAUCUGGACGGAGCUCAGGAAGAUCAGUGUCUGUGUAUGUCCGUCCUCCAGGCUCUCGAAGAACCAUAUCAGCGACCAGUCAGGAGAAAAGCUGCUGGAGGCUUUGAUCCGCUGUAGUCAUCUAGAGGAGCUCUAUCUGGGCAGCAACCGUCUUGGUAAUCUCACUGCUGCCAAGAUGGUCCCUGAUCCACCAACAAUGACACACAUCACUGUGUUAGAUAUUUCAGAGAACGUAAUUGGAUAUGAAGGGUCAGCGAGUCUGUCUGAUGCAAUAGUAUGCAUGAAGAACCUCACCAAGAUUCAAUUGACCUCUGUUGGGACUUCACAGCUGUGUGCUGUAGUUGCCAGUCUGGCUCACUGUCCUCUCAUACAGGAUGUGGGUUUGGGAUGGAAUAAUUGUGGUGAUGAAGUGGCGCUGGAGCUGGCCCGGGUUUUGCCUUUCUGUCAGAAGAUGACCAGAAUAGAUCUGGAGUCCAACAGAGUGAGUGUUUUUGGAGUGGAGGCCCUGGGAAGAGCCUUAAAGUCGUGUCCUGCUCUUCAGCUCAUCAGAUUAUUCAUCAGAAAGCAUGAACAGGGAUCAGUUGUCUAUCCUACGACGGCAGCAGCUGGUGUCUCUAAUGGUAUGAAUAGUGAAAAGACCACUAUGUGGUGCACACAGUAUAGUGUAUAUAUAAAAAUGUUCCCAUUUGGUAUUUUUCUAAAAUGUCUUGUUUUUUUUAUCUUAAGAACUUCUCUAGGGAACAUUGUAUUGAGGUAUAAAAGUACAGUUGAAUGGUUUGUUGAGAAAAUGAAGUGUCUAUUUUUAGGACUAUUUAAAUAUAUGACUAUGCAUUUAUUGGCCUCAUUUCACAGCAGUAAGCUGAAGCAGCUGACAGCAUGGUGGUGUCCCUUCACUGUGGUCCCUUUUUUUUUUUAUUGGUUCACACUCAUUAUCAUGACGUUGGUGUGUUGUGAACAUUAAGACUGAGUUUUAAGCUUUAACUAGUGCAUGACCACCUGUGACAGACAGGUGACACAGACAAAUCUAUUCUGUUACCAGUGCAGCCUCUGACCAGAAUGCAUGUUUAAUCUAUCAUAUAACGUGAUAGAUUAAAACUAAUAUAAAGUUGGAUGAAGUCAAGUGCUGAAAUGCUAAAAUAAACAUGACUAAUUUCCAUACAGGAAAUAAUUUAAUCACUAGCCAACAUUUGCAAAAUGAACCAGCGGGCUAUAAAAUUUAUCAGAUGUAUUUUUGGUGUUUUCUCUUUUUGAGAAAACCUCAUCUUUACAUCUUGGAUGGAUAAUGUAAUGUAAUGUAAUCCGCAUAAAGUCGGUUUUGGCUAAUUAUUAAUUAGUAUGCACAUAGUAAUGUUUUUUUUGUUUGUUAAACAGACAAUUUAAGAAGCAAGAUACUAAUUUGAGGUGGUAAGAGAAAGGAGCUUUCAGUGGCAAUCACCGCUGUGAAACUAGAGUCCAUGAUGUAAAGGAUUCCUUGAUUAGUAUAUAUAAGCAGACUCUCAUACACUGAGUCACUUUGCACUGUAAUUGCGUUUACAAUAAUAAGAGGCCACAUAGGUGAGAACACAAUAAUACAUGAACUGACAGUGAGGAAAGACAGGGACCCACUCUCUGCUCUUAUGGUCAUUUAAGGUUGUGGCCUCUGUCCAAUUUGCAUAUUUAUUUCUGCUGUCAUUAAUGAAAGGAAUUAUCCUUUUUAUUAAAGUUAUUUAUUAAGUUUUGAUGCAGACUGAGUUUAAUUUUUUACAUAAGUAAAUUGUAGAUGGGGACACCACACACUGUAACAAUUACAAAAUGGGUCUCACUACUGAUAUUUCUUUUGUUGUUUCUGUUGUGUGCUGAUAAUGUUAUAAUGAUACUGUCAUUUUUUUUAAACUAGGAGAGCACCUUAUUUGUUUUCCCAUUCCUCUGUGUAUUAUUAUCCAGUUUCUUUCUGGUCUCUGCAGAGACAUUGGAUUUAAACCGGCUCAGAUGAGAAGCCUUGAAGUAACUUAUCUGUUCAAACUUGUUUUGCUUUUAAGGUUUGUGUUAAUGUUGAAUUUUGAGUUCUCAUGAGGAAAAAUUGCCUGUAUCCUUGACAUUUAACCAUUCUGACUUGCACUGAGAUGUGUCUUCAGAAUUAAAAAAGACUAUCUUGAUAUUUGGCCUUUGUUUACACUUGACACAAUCAGUUCAUUUCUUUUUCUUUAUUUUUUUCUUUCUGUUAUGUAAAAGACAAA